AUGGGCAAGCGUGCAGCAGAUGAAGGUCGAACCGCCGUUUAUCCAUCAAUUGACUUCUGCAAGAAUCCAAACUCCAUUUGUGAUCCGAGCAGCCCACCGGAGCUGAAGUGGGUGGCAGGAAUGUUCUACUGGCUCAAUGCUGUGCAACCCUACAAUUCUGGUGGCUGGAACUACAUCACAGAGCUGAAGAAGUGGGUGGACAAUGGAAUGAAGACAACAGACAAGUCCUUCAUCAACGGUGCUUCUGGCAUCGUCAAUCGUGGUUGCCACAAUCCGCCUAACUGCAACACCGGCGAGUUGCAUGCAGGAACUGAGAGAGCAGCAAAUUUUGAGAAAGUGCUGAAGGCGAUGGGCUUGAUUUGA